UUUAGUCCAUGGAAACCGAUGAUAUCGAUAAUAUGCUCAUUCGUCAGCUAUCUUGCUUAGGGACUAGCGAUAAAGAUGUGCUAGUGAAGCAAUUUCAAAGUAUCCUUGGGGACGUCUCGCUUUCUCCAGAAUUAUGUGCAUUCUUCCUGGACAUGUCGAAUUGGAAUCUCCAAGAUGCUGUAGGAGCGUAUUACGAUCACGGUCACGCUAACAAUGUCAAUGAAAUUGGUGUAGACUUACCCUUACUAAACAUGCAACUUGUCAGAGACGUCACGAUUGGCGAGGGUGAGUCCGUUCCUCCAAAGACCCGCUUUGUGAAGUCCUGGCGAGUCAAAAAUACUGGCGGAGUUCAUUGGCCUCAGGGAACCGCUUUAUGUUUUGUUGACGGAACUCCGCUUUCGUGUGAGCGAAGAGUACCGGUUGCAUGUCUUGGGCCAGGUGGCGAAGCAGAAUUGAAUGUAGAAAUGAUCAGUCCAUCGACUCCAGGAAUUUAUCAAAGUCGUUGGCAAUUGAACACCCCACAGAGUGUACCAUUUGGUGAGCCAAUCUGGUGCAUAAUUGCUGUUGACAGUGACGGUAUCUUAGACAUCACUCAGCAGCUAGCUAGUGCUCCGCUUGGCCGUGCAAAUUCACCUUCUGGAUACAAUCCUUUUCUAACAUCUUCUCCAAUCCACGCUAUGGCAGAUGAUUUCAUGGACAUGAAUGUUAACGACAGACCUCAAAACUCAGCUUCUCUCUUGCGCAAACAUUUGCUAUGA